AUGCGGCCGCCGCUCGGGCUGCUGCUGGCGCUGGCCGCGCUCCGCUGCCCAGGGUCGGCGGCGCGGGCGCCGGUGGACUUCUCCUCGCUGCCCGCCUACCUCCCGGCGCGGGUGCGGCUGGCGGGCGCGGACCAGGCCUUCCUGCUGCGGGGGCCCCGCCAGGACGUGGCCGCGGGCAACGCCAGCCUGGGGGCCCGCGUGGAGCCCUUCUUCCUGCACCGCGCGCGGGCCCCCGCCGUGCGCGCCAGCUACGGCCCCUUCGCCGCCGCGCGGCCCGUGCCCCCCGCGCUGCUGCCCGCCCCGGGCGCCGCCGGGCUGCCCCCCCACGGCCGCCUGCGGGCCCACGUGCUGGGCAGCGCCGUGUACGCCAACCGGCCCAAGGUGCAGGCGCUGUUCUACGUGGCGGGCGCGGACUGGGGCGGCGGGGACGGCGGGGACGGCGGCGGGGACGGCCUGCCCUGCGUGAAGAUGUCCGCCUUCCCCGAGGCGCGCGAGGUGGCGGCCAGCUGCCGGCUGCGGGGCGCGCCGGGGCUGUGCGUGGCGGAGCUGGAGCUCCUGCCCGAGUGGUUCAGCUCGGGGCUGGACCUGGAGCCGGCCGAGGCGGAGCCCGCGCUGCUGGGCGGCACGGCCCUGGAGCUGUUCGCCUCGCUGUUCCCCGCCGACGCCGCCGGCCGCUGCCCGCUGCCCGAGGACGCCGGCCGCUGGGCCAGCAACCACAUCCCCGCCGGGCCCGGGCCCGCCCGCCGGCGCGUGGGCAGCGUGGUGGUCUACCCGACCCAGGACGACCUGCGCUGGGCGCCGCCCCGGGGCCUGGGCCGCGGCCUGGCGCUCUCCGCGCCGCUGAACCUGGUGCGCCGCGGCGGCCACGCCACCUUCCUCCUCUCGCUGGCCGGCGGCGCCCCGGCCGCCAACUUCACGCUCAGGAUCCGGGCGGCGGCGGGCGUGCGUAUCGCGGCCGUGAGGGUGAGCGGCGAGGAGCAGUGGGCCGUCCAGGAGGAGAUCGACAACAGCGGCGCCCAGGCCACGGCCACGCUCAGCUGUGCCGGCCCCCACCCCGGCCCGCGGGGCAGGGUGAACGGCUCCCUCUCGGAGAUCCUGCAGGUGGACCUGGGGGUGGACAACAGCAGCGACCUGGCCGGGGCCCAGCCCGUCACGUGGCAGGUGGAGUUCCCGGCCGAGGACGCGGCCGGCGAGCUGGUGGUCUCGGAGAUCUUCGUCAGCCAGACCAGCUUCGUGGGCAUCGUGCCCCUGGCGAUGGACACGGAGAUGGUGAACACGGCCGUGCUGACCGGCCGGCCGGUGUCGGUGCCGGUGCGGGUGGUGGGCGUGCAGGAGGACGGCUCCGUGGUGGCCGUGGCCGAGGCCCUGGAGUGCCGGUCGUCGGACGAGGACGUCGUUAAGGUCUCGGGGCGCUGCGAUGCCGUGUUCGUGAACGGCCGGGAGAUGCGGGGCCGGGCGGGCACGGCGGUGAGCUUCACGCACCGGCACUUCACGGCGCAGCUGGAGAUGACGGUGUGGGCGCCGCGGCUGCCCCUGCAGAUCGACGUCUCCGACACGGAGCUGAGCCAGGUCAAGGGCUGGCGGGUGCCCGCGGCCCCCAACAGCAGGCCCGCGCGGGACAGCGAGGACGAGGAGGACGAGGAGCGGCGGGGCCGGGGCUGCGCCCUGCAGUACCAGCGCGCCCUGCUGCGCGUGCUCACCCAGUUCGUGGCCGAGGGGCCGGAGCCGGGCCGGCGCGCCCACCUGCUGGGCCCCGACUGGCAGCUGGACGUCACCGACCUGGUGCGCGACUUCCUGACGGUGGAGGAGCCGCGCGUGGCGCAGCUGCAGGGCCUCACGCUGGCCGGCCGCGAGCCGGGCAUCACCUCCGUGCAGGUGCUCUCGCCGCUGUCGGACGCCAUCCUGGCGGAGAAGACGGUGACGGUGCUGGAGGAGCGGGUGGCCAUCGCCGAGCUGGGCGUGCAGCUGGUGGCCGGGCUGGCGCUGUCCCUGCAGCCGCACCCGGCCGACCGCCGGGCCAUCGUCUCCACGGUGACGGCCCAGGACGUGCUCCAGGCCCCGGGGCAGGAGGCGAUCGUGAGCGUGUGGAUUCUGUUCAGCGACGGCGCGGUGACCCCCCUGGACGUCUACGACCCGCAGGACUUCUCCGUGGCCCUGUCGUCGCUGGACGAGAUGGUGGUGUCCGCGCGGCCCGGCCCGCAGCCGUGGUGGCCGGCGGUGGCGGCGGAGGGCGAGGGCCAGGGCCCGCUGCUGAGGCUGGAGCUGCUGCUCAGCGAGCCGUGCCAGAAGACCAAGCGCCGGAGCGUGCUGGCCGCCGGCACCGGCACCGUCCGAGUCCGCUUCGACCCCCGCGGGGGCCCCAACGACAUCGGGGGCGUGAGCCGGGAGUACCGGGACCCGCUGAGCAACUCCAUCCCCGGCGGGGGCGGCGGGGAGAGGGCGGGCCCGGGGCGGCCGGGCCGCGGCCCCCCUGAGGGCGCCAACCGGAGCGCCACGCCGCCCCCGCCGUGGCCCCUGGGGCGCAAGGACACGCAGCGGCCACGGGACCCCGACUCCUUCACCAGCUUCCCCACGCAGGGCCGGUCCCAGGGCCCCCGCCCCGCCGGCGACCUCACCGUGGCCGCCCGCGGCCUCACGGACCUGGAGAUCGGCAUGUACGCGCUGCUGGGCGCCUUCUGCCUGGCCAUCCUGGUCUUCCUGGCCAACUGCGUGGCCUUCGCCUGGCAGGCCCGGCACAAGCGGCUGGCGGGCGGCGAGCAGGGCGCCCUCCCGCACGCCCACGACUGGGUGUGGCUGGGCCACGAGGCGGAGCUGCUGGAGAGCCCCGUGGACGUGACGCUGCCGUCCGAGGAGGCCGCCUCGCCGGGCCGGGGGCCGCCCUACGAGGAGCGGAACUUCCUGCUCAACGGGGGCUCCCCCGAGGCGCUGCCCAGCCAGCUGCUGCGGCCGCCCGACUACUACGGCAGGGACCCCCGGCGCCCGCCGCCCACGCCCGCCGGCCCGCGGCGCAAGCGGGUCAAGUUCACGGCCUACACCACCAUCCUGCCCGAGGAGGGCGGCGCCUACACGGACGCCGUGCUCUUCCACGGCGAGGAGGGCGGCGUGCAGUGGGUGUGCCCCGACCUGGGCCGCGGGGACCCCCGCGACUUCCAGGACUACAUGGAGAGGCUGCGGGACCAGAUGUGA